GUUCCUGUUGACAACCCAGCACCAGCAGGCCAGCGCUAGCAAGAAAACAUCUGUGGAGUAGUGAAAAUAAUUCGUAAGAGUGAACGCUCUGCCUCAAAAUGAACACUUUAGCAAAAAUACUAGCUCUAGUUCUUGUAAUAUGUGUGAAAUUAGCUACGCCAUUGUACUUCCACAUCGGAGAGACAGAAAGAAAAUGUUUCAUUGAAGAAAUUCCAGAUGAAACCCAAGUGAUAGGAAAUUACAAGGUUCAGCUCUAUGAUCCGAGAACAGGUGGAUUCAUGCCUUCCAGCCCUGGAAUUGGGAUGCACGUAGAAGUGAAAGAUCCUGAAGAUAAAACAAUUCUGUCCAGAGUGUACAGCUCAGAGGGAAGGUUCACGUUCACUUCUCACACACCUGGAGAGCAUGUGAUUUGCCUUUACUCCAACAGCACCAAAUGGUUCAGUGGAACUCAGUUGAGAGUGCACCUGGACAUUCAGGUCGGAGAACACGCCAUUGACUAUGCCAACAUCGCACAGAAGGAAAAGCUGUCAGAACUUCAGUUGAGAGUGCGCCAGCUGUUGGAUCAGGUUGAGCAGAUAACCAAGGAGCAGAACUACCAGAGAUACCGCGAGGAGAGAUUCCGGCAAACCAGUGAAAGUACAAACCAGCGAGUGCUGUGGUGGUCAUUGUCUCAAACUUGUGUUCUUCUGGCGAUGGGUGCCUGGCAGAUGAAACAUCUCAAGAGCUUCUUCGAGGCCAAAAAACUCGUGUAACAAAUGUUUGUAUCAAGAGUGGAAGCGCAAAUUUUUCUUUCUCAAGAUUCUCUCAGCCACUACCUACUUAAAUUAUAAUAAAACUGUUGGAUCUUUGUGUACCCCCCUUUAAUUUGGCAAACUCAGCUCUUGAGGUCUGAAUACACUUCAGCUAAGUUACUAGUAUUAUUUAUAUCUGUAAAUUGGUUGUUGUUUUAAUAAAUUUGAUAAUUAUCAUA